CGCCAGCCGUCGCUCUCAAUCAACCGGAGGUCGACGACAUUUCUAUCACUGAAUACAAACUUAUGAACAGGGAGCAGAACAUGAACUGCUUGCGAAAUUUUGUAUCGAACAGGAGGAAGAGACAGCACUCCGCAGUUUGCAAUGUUCGACGAGGACUCGUCCUACAGCAUUUAUUGCUCUCGUUCUUGAUCGUGGCAUUGUCAAACUUUUACGCUGUUGACGCCUCGUACGCAAUAAGCAUCGAGCCCCAGAGCGAAGAGUGCUUUAUUUUUAUGACACCUAGUUCGAUCAAUCCUUUCUCCGCAUUCUCGUGAGUGACGAAUAGAAUCAAAACAUCAAGUCGUGCGUUUAAGCUUGUAUUCAUAUUCGGUUGGCUUUGAGUAUGCAUUGCAUUGUCAUUUGACGCGCAAGAACCUCCGUACCGACUGAACCCUGCUUUUGAAAAUCGAUAAUACAUCUGAUGUCGACGAUCGCCCUAUUCAAUUUGAACGGAUCCGAUUCGAUUGAAGUUUAUUCCAUUCUGCGUGUAUGGAUACUCAACGUGAUGUUUUCUUGUCUACUUAAAUCGAUAAAAUCAUAUUCUUUUCGUAAGGGGAUCUUUCGAGGUGCUUCACGAUGAUGUAGAUUCCUAUGAACUGGCAGUGAAGGUGGUGAACAAUGAUACUGGUGAAUCAAUGCACGAGGUACCUACCGGCACCCAGGAGGGAGACUUUGAAUUGAAUGAUUUGAAGCCCAAUUCGAAAUAUUCCAUAUGCUUUCAAAACAACGCAGGUGAAGACGACGAAGAGAACGAAUUCGACGUGGGUUUCAAUCUCCGGUUCCACAAUCCACCCAGGUCUCUGGACGAUGCGGAAAGUGGACCCGAUGGAGAACGUGCCAGCCAAUUGAUUCAAAAAGCAGCGCAAAUCGACCAAGAGUGGUUCACCCUUCAAGAUCACUUUGACUUUUUAAGGAAUCGAGAGGGCAUCCAUUUUGCGAUGAACAAUCAAAUCAUGACUCGGUUGGCGCGCUGGACCUACGUCGAAUCACUCUUGGUUGUCGCAAUGGCGGUGGGACAGGUGAUGUAUUGGAAGAGAUUUUUUGAGAAACGGCGAUAUAUCUAGUAGCGAAGUCGCAGCGCAGGAACACGCUGGACACAACACAGAAAACGCCCUCAGAACCCCGGUUUAUUCUAAAAUAUAUAGUGCAGAUCGGGCUUGAUUAUCUUAUGAGUGAUUCCCUCAUACUUUAGGUAUUGCUUAUGUU